CUUCUGCAAUUGAGGGGGGUUACUAUAGAGAAGUAGAGAAAUACUUGCUUGCUGGUAAGAAGUACCUAAACAGUUGUCACUAUGAAUGGAACAGAAGGCCAAAAUUUCUAUGUUCCCAUGUCCAACAAGACUGGUGUGGUUCGGAGUCCCUUUGAGUAUCCUCAGUACUAUUUGGCAGAUCCUUGGCAGUUCUCUGCACUGGCAGCUUACAUGUUUCUUCUGAUUCUCCUGGGAUUUCCUAUCAACUUCCUCACUCUCUUUGUCACCAUCCAGCACAAGAAACUCAGGACACCCUUGAAUUACAUUCUUCUAAAUCUUGCCGUAGCCAAUCUCUUCAUGGUCUUAAUGGGCUUCACCACCACCAUGUACACAUCUAUGAAUGGAUAUUUCAUUUUUGGGACAGUAGGAUGCAACGUUGAAGGCUUCUUUGCCACUCUGGGAGGCGAGAUGGCUUUAUGGUCUCUGGUAGUGUUGGCUGUGGAAAGAUAUGUGGUGGUCUGCAAGCCCAUGAGCAACUUCCGUUUUGGUGAGACUCAUGCCCUCAUUGGGGUGAGUUGCACUUGGAUCAUGGCCUUGGCCUGUGCUGGUCCGCCUCUCCUUGGAUGGUCGAGGUACAUCCCAGAAGGCAUGCAAUGCUCAUGUGGAGUUGAUUAUUAUACACCAACCCCUGAAGUCCACAAUGAGUCAUUUGUCAUCUACAUGUUUUUGGUCCAUUUUGUCACACCAUUGACCAUUAUAUUCUUUUGCUAUGGACGCCUCGUCUGCACAGUGAAAGCAGCUGCGGCUCAGCAACAAGAGUCUGCCACCACCCAGAAAGCUGAGAGAGAAGUCACCCGCAUGGUCAUCAUCAUGGUCAUUUCCUUCCUGGUUUGCUGGGUCCCUUAUGCCAGCGUGGCGUUCUACAUCUUCACCCACCAAGGAUCUGACUUUGGCCCUGUCUUUAUGACCAUCCCAGCUUUCUUUGCCAAGAGCUCAGCCAUCUACAAUCCUGUGAUUUACAUUUUAAUGAACAAACAGUUCCGUAACUGUAUGAUCAUGACCCUCUGCUGUGGAAAGAAUCCUUUGGCCGAUGAGGACACGUCUGCUGGCACAAAGACAGAGACAUCCACAGUCUCUACGAGUCAGGUUUCUCCUGCCUGAAUCCACCUGAAUCCACCAAGAAAAUCUCUUACCUUUGAAAUCUUUGCAUGGCUGCACUGCCACACACACAAUCUGCAGCAGGCCAUUUGCAACUCACCUGGCAGAAUGAACUUCUUUCUUCUGUGACUGUCUGACAAACAAAGUUAUAAGGUUGUCAUUUUUAUGACUACAUUUGAUGUGGAAUUCAAGCCAGGCCAAUGGCUUUGACAAGUCACAUGCAUUAAAAUUGUUAGAAUUGAA